UUCAUCCCCCAAAGUCUCGCACGGCUGGUGUUGAAUCUGCCUUGUUUCCCUUCCUCAUUCUGGGGUCCCUGGCUGCUCCAGUUCCCCCUACCCUCCAACCCAGUGGGGCCACCCAUCCCGGCGGCCUUCUUCCUGAACCUGAUAUACAAUUACAGGGGAAGCAGGCAGCAAUAGCAAUGAGUGUGGGUGGGAAGGUCACACCUGUGUCAUUUAGUUUCCAAAGGCUGUGCCAGUGGCUCUUUAGCAACAAAAAAUGCCUGUCCUGCCUACCACGUCCACGGCUGGCUGAACGGCCUGAUUAAACCCUGCCGCACCUGGGAUGCUCCUAUCUCACCUGCAGAAGGGUUUCAUCAACAAUGGGAGAGAGGGAACUCUGACCUCCAGAUAGUCAUUCUUUGCUCCUGGGAACAACAUACCUCCAGCCUGUGCCACCCAUGUGACCAACCCUGAUGUCCUCAGUAGUGGUGUACUUAGUGGUAGUGGCACCCGCAGGGCAGCCUAUGUCCAGAUCCUCCCCAAGGGCCUGCCAGCCAGCCAGUUUGCACUACCUCUGAUUGCCACUCCUGCCCUUUACAGGCCAUGGUGCAAUCACUGGGGGCCAAAACGGAGCCCUCCCAGUUGUAAGAGCCACACAAGGCUAUAUAGAAAGCAGUCAGUGGGACCUGCAGACCCUCCCCCUGAGGGCAGCCUGCACGUGGCAGGGCCCCACCACCUCAGGCAUCCCUAUGACCUCGCAGACUGUGGCACUAGGCACCAAAGGGCUGCAAGGCAGCACAGUACUUGCAGCAGGUGCCAGGCUGCCAAAGCAUGGUGGCCAGGUCCACCUCCACAGGGGACUGCAGUUGGUGUCCCAGCGCUGGGUAGGAGAGGGCAUAGCUCCCACCGGGUAGUCCAAGGUGCCCUUUCCCAAGAGGAGCUGCUGGAUUCACUUAAGCCUUGCUUAAGUCCGUGUUCAGCAAGUAGUCAAAGGCGGCGGAGGAGCAGGCCCUGGCCCAGACGUGGCGCCCUCAGGCCAGUGGGGUGGGAGGGAAACCAGGGGACCCUGUCUGUGCUCCAGGGACGGGCUGGGCCCCAGAGGGGGCUGGGGUGGCUGUCCUCCCUUGAAACUGGUCUCACCUUCCCCACUUCCUCCUCUUCUGCUUGUUUGUCCCGGCCCAGCAGUUGCUGGCACACCCAUCCGCCAAAUCCUAGGCAUACCAGAGGAGUGAGAAGCAUGGGCCCUGCCCACAGCCUGGGACCCAUGUUAGGCCGUAUGGCACAAAUGUCCUGUUCCCGCCCAUGCCGUUUCCUCUGGAGAAGCAGAGACAACAGGAGUUAGAGAGCUACAGCGCCCCCGUUCAACUCCAUUUUGGAGACUCACGCUUCUUCUUUCUUAACUUCGAACAAUGUAAAGUCAGCUGGGAGAAGACAAGAUGGCGCCUAGCAGAAGCAGAGAAAAGCCGGAUAAAUCUUGCUUCCAAACUGGAAGAGUAAACAAAGGCGCGAAAGAUGGAACUGCGCAGGCGUACAGCUUUGGCACGCUUUAAAAUUCGAACAGCAAGCAGGGUGCGUCCAAAACACGGUCUCUGGACGAGACCUAUCUUACGCUACUGAAGAUGGGAUGGCGGUGGCGUAGGAAAGAGCGGGGAACACUGGGCGGUCCAAGUUAGUCGCGGGAAGACUAGAGGCGGAAUGCCCAGAACGCGCAUGCGCACCGUGAGUCAAUGACGGUCUGGAGAGACUGGCGGAAGCUACCUUUGCAACAUGGCGGCGGAGGCUGACGGGCCGAUCAAACGGGUGCUGGUUCCGCUUCUUUUACCUGAGAAAUGCUACGACCAAAUUUUCGUCCAGUGGGACUUGCUGCACGUCCCCUGCCUCAAGAUUCUCCUCAGCAAAGGCCUGGGGCUGGGCAUUGUAGCUGGGUCACUUCUGGUAAAAUUGCCCCAGGUGUUUAAAAUCCUUGGAGCCAAGAGUGCCGAAGGGCUGAGCCUCCAGUCAGUAAUGCUGGAACUAGUGGCAUUGACUGGGACCAUGGUCUACAGCAUCAUCAACAACUUCCCCUUCAGCUCUUGGGGUGAAGCCCUGUUCCUGAUGCUCCAGACAGUCACCAUCUGCUUCCUGGUCCUGCACUACAGAGGACAGACUGUGAAAGGUGUCGCUUUCCUAGCGUGUUAUGCCCUGGUCCUGCUGGUGCUGCUUUCACCACUGACGCCCAUGGCUGUAGUCACCCUGCUCCAGGCCUCCAAUGUGCCUGCUGUGGUGGUGGGGAAGCUGCUGCAGGCAGCCACCAAUUACCACAACGGACACACGGGCCAGCUCUCAGCCAUCACAGUCUUUUUGCUCUUUGGGGGCUCCCUGGCGCGAAUCUUCACUUCCAUUCAGGAAACUGGAGACCUCCUCAUGGCUGGAACCUUUGUGGUCUCUUCUCUCUGCAACGGCCUCAUUGCUGCCCAGCUUCUCUUCUACUGGAAUGCAAAGGCACCCCACAAGAAGAAAAAGGAGCAGUAGGGCUGCGUUGGCUCCUAGACUCCGUUCCAUGCUUCCCUUCAUCUACCCAACCUCAGGGUCCUUCCCAUCUCCGCCAAUCUGCUGGUGUGACUUAAUCAUUCCCCGUUCCUCUGUAGCUGCAACUUGAGCCAGGGUUUGUUUUUAGUGGAAAUGUAUAGUCGGUGGACCCAGAUCCUUAGAAAAGGAUACAGGCAGAUUUUCAGGCUCACAUUUUGACAUUGUGUGCUGUCCUGUGUAUGCAUUAUUAACUCAUUUAAUUAUUUGGCUGUGAUUCCUCCGUUAGCAAUUUCCAGCUACUUACCUAUUGUGGGCAAGUCUUGCUGUCCCCUCCCCCGCCCCCCCAUCUCCCACUUCUUAGAGGACAGCCCGGACAGUGGAAAGGACUAGGGGCUUACGCCUGCCCGGGACUGUCUCCUGGACCCCAGUGCUGGGUGGGGGGAGGAUGGAGAAUGACUCAGGCAGGGCCCCAGGGUGGGGUGAGGAGGUUCCUGCACUGGCAGGUCCAGGCGGAAGGGAGUGGAGACCGUGCUGGUUCCUGCUGCAGAGAGAGGAACAGAUGGGGCAAUAAAGACUCAGAGACAUGG